ACCAACAAGAAGAACCCUAUGGACAAGAUGAGGUCGGUGGGGCCUAACAGAUCCUCCGGUCCAAGCCAUAGAGAUUCCCCACGUGGCCAGCCUCAAGCCCAGACACAGACACCGCCACAGAGACAGAAACACAGCAUCUUCAAGCCUCCUCCCCAAAACCAACACCCCCCUGGACAGCCCUACCCCUCCCACAGCCAGCGAAGACUACCCCAGUGCUCUCCUGUUCACCUCAGUCACCCCGUCCCCCUGUCCCCUACGUCCGCACCUGGACCAGGACAGCCCAGACCACCUGCUCCCCCUCCUCACCGAGCGCUGCCUCCGCCUGGACAAGGGCAUGCCCACAGCCACACCCAGGCUCCGCCCAGAGGGGCAUCGUUUCGCAGUGAGCCACCGGAACAUAACUCCUGCAGGAUGGUCUUGGAUUUGGAGAUUCCAAGUCCACCCCAGAAACCCCUACCUGCCGACCCCCUGGGCAGGAAUAUCCAAAAGCCUCUAUCUGCCGACCAAAUGAGCAGGAAUACCCAGAAGCCUUUACCUGCCUACCCCCUGGGCAGGAAUUCCCAGAAGCCUUUGCCUGCUAACCCUAACUCCCCCGGAAGGAGUGGUCAUCUGAUUCGUAGCCCCAUUGCUGUCGGUGUCCCCAUCCCUGUACCUGUCCCCGGUGUCCCCAGGCCGCUGAGACCUGUUCCACACCACAACAGAUCUAUUGCUAAGCAACCCCCAACACUACCUAAGCCUCGUAUGAUCGUCCACGCCGAGUUCAGCAGCUGAGAGCAGCUGGACUAAACUUGAAGGGAAUUUAAGAACGUUCUUUCCAGUGAGACGAUAAAGACAUUUCACUUGCACUAUGAAACUCUGAAAAAACCAUAAUGAUGUGGUGUCUCUGAGUUUUGAAUAAUGGGGACGGACCGUUGGGCGGUUGGCGUGUCAGCGAGUCAGCCCCCUGUUGGUGCUCUGAUGUCAGAGAGGUGCUAUAGGUCUGAGCUCAGGUACACGUAUGUAGAGUAUUUAUGUUUCGUGUAUUUAUUCAUUAGUUACCACACGGUGCACUGUGCCAGACACUUGGGAUUUCAUCUGUAGUCUUUGUUUAUUUUAUUAUAUCUAUUUUUUCUACUGUUAGCCAUUUGAUUUCAAUCAUGGGGACAUUUUAACCUGUUUCGAUGGACAGGAAGGAAGGGGAAAGGUCCAUCUUAACAAACGCCUGUCUCUGGAGAUCUGGGAAGUUGUAAAGACCCUAACGUGGCGACCUGGAUUCAGAACAAAGGGAAAGACAUCUCCAAACAUCAGACAGGGAGACUUUCUUCUGCACUUCCUCCGUACUGUAUACAGCCACCUGUUGUAAGACAACGGCAUCACUGGUAAACCCUGUCGUAGGUCUUCCUCCGUACAGUAUAAUGCCACCUGUUGUAAGACAACGGCAUCACUGGUAAACCCUGUCGUAGGUCUUCCUCCGUACAGUAUACAGCCACCUGUUGUAUACAUGUUAUUACACAGUCCAGAGGUGUUAUUACAUGAUAUUACACAGUC